UUUUUUGUAUAAGUGGUUUCGAGAGGGUAUCUCACAAAGAGCUCGUCUUGCCUUAGAUAUUUUAUGUACCAAAUUAAAAGUCGAGCCAUUCUUCACAAUCAAACGAAAAACAACAUACUUUUACAACAUUUAGUAAACCCCAACUCCGUAACGUCAAUCGCAGUACCGCUGCCGCACCAUCCCUUUCUCUUCCUAUUAUCAUGGCGGCCUCCUCAUCGACGGCGAUAUCAUCUUCUGAUACAUCAUCUAGUUCGUCCACUUCUUUGUCUUACAGAGAUAAAUCCCGCCGUCGCCGUCGCAGUAACAACCGUCAUUGUGAAGCUCUGAAGAUCCGUAAGUCCAAGUCUCAUUCCAAAUCUAAAAGACGUCGUCGUCAUCACUCUUCCUCAGAUUCUUACUCUUCUGCUUCUUAUUCAACUGAUGAUUAUAGCUCUUCUGAAAGUGAGCGUGAAACAUCCAGUCACUCAAGGAGACACAAGCGUGACGACAAGCCAAAGAAGAGCAAGGGAAAAGACAAGGAGAAGAACCACCGCCAUAAACGUCACAAGCACAAGAAAGAGAAAGAGGAUGAUCAGCGACAAAGUAGUGGUCCAGUGCAGCUGUCUAAGUUUUUAGGCCGAGAUAAAGAUGAUGGUGUUCGUCGAAGUGUGGUAUCUGGCAAAAAGAUACAAAUGAAGCUUGAAAAGUCGAAGGAAGACAAGUUUGCGGAGAACAAGCGUAAUGAACUACUUAAAUUUCUGAAUGCUAGUUAUGAUUGAAGAUCUCGGAUAGUGGUUCAGAUCUUUGGUUGAUAUAUCGAUCGUUUUGCAGUGCUUUGAAUCCUCAAGUGUUUAAGCUUUAUAAGGGCGCCAUUUGACCGAGUAUUUUCCUGUGCUUAAAUCCACAUGUUUGCUAUAGCGUAGUCUUUUAACGAGUUGUGGAUACUCAUUCGGAUUUUGAUGGUUUUGGCUUUUUGAUAAGCCUAGAUGGUCAAAAUUCUUUGUUUCAGUUAUUUUUGAAAAAUGUUAGGAUUUCUGUGUUGCAAUUAAGUAAAUUUGUAACAUUGGGGAAUGUAAUGCCCAUGUUAUUCAAGUUUGUGGUGAUUGGACUUCUUUGUGUUGC